UGUCCAAUUAAGUAGCUAACCCAGUCACUAUGUAUGGAAUCGCGGUCUCCUGUGUACUUAUCACCAGUGUCAGCAUGACCACUGUUCUAUACAACGCUGCCAGGUUCAAACCUUCAAGUCAGAGUUCGAACUAUGAAAACUUUUAUUCUUAUUUAGGCGUAGAUGGAGACUAUAAUGGUGCAGUACUUAGUGGGCAUUGUAUGCAUACAGGCUUUGAACGUACACCCUGGUGGAUAGUGGACUUGCUUGGUCAGUUUGAUGUGCAGCAAAUAAAACUCUAUAACAGAAACGAAGACUACAUCUCUGCUAUUAGAGUGAAAAACUUUACUCUUGAUAUAUUUGAUGAAGAUCCAAGACAACUUGCCAACUUUCCUAACAUAACUGGCCAUUUGUGCUACAAUCAGACUGAUCCACUGGAAACAACACCAUUGCUGGUCAACUGCAGGACCUCCAUUCUUGGCAGAUAUAUUCGUCUAAGUAUGACAACUGAUGUUAACAACCCGCUACAUAUCUGUGAAAUGGAAGUAUUAGUUGGUAGCUCCAUCUAUGAAUUAAUAAACUUUGACAAACUAAUGAACACCAAACUAGUGGACACGCCCAUGGCUCAAGUUCAACUCAGCGACUCCUUUUUUUGUGUACGGGAAUGUCUCCAGCGUCGGAUGUCUACCUACUGUACAGCUGUGAACUGGAUCACAUCCACUCGGUCAUGUCAGCUUUUUAGUAUCAAUCCUUUUGUAGAUUUGACAGCUAGACUUAUAACAGAUCAAGGGACAGAUUUAUAUAUUCAACGUAUUUAAAUGUGUAUUUUUAAAUGACAGACUAAGAAAAAGGAAUAGAGAUUUAUAUAUUUUAAGAUUUUAAAUAUUAGUUUUAAAAAAAAACGGGCUUGAAAAAAGAAUAAAGAUUUAUAUAAACAAAACAUUUAGAUAUAAAAUUGUAUAUGACAAGCUUUAGAAAAAAAUAGACGAUUUAUAUAUUUAUUUAGAUAUAAAUUUUGAUAACCAAUUUAAAAAGAACUCUUAUUGAAUUCAGCUUGAAAGAAAGAACAAGACUAUUUUAAGGAAAAUAAACUUGACUAGCAUCACACACCGGAUACACCCGUGGAUUUUUUUUUGUUUAUUUUGGCCAGGACACACCUACUUAAAUUUGCAUUAAACGCGCUGUAACUAUCCAU